UGUGCUUGAAGUUAUCUGAACCAUCAUAUCGUGCCUUGGUGGCCGUGCAUAUUAGUGCUCAUGCGUAUCAUCAGCUCUUGAAGAAGCCACAAUGUCCGUCGCCCUCACCACGUCGACGUCAAGCCUCCUCCAGGAAGAGCCGGGCGGCGCUUCCCCCAACGCCUGCGUGGGAUUAAACCUCAACCAGGCCGCCGUCAACUGUGUCCUCAAGCAGGAGCCCAUCUCCGUCACUCUCAAUGGCCCGGCCAUCUUCGCCCUCUCCAUGGCCCUGGCCCUCAUCAUCCACUUCCUCGAGCCCCGGGUCGCAGAGUGCCUCCUCGUCCUCCUGCCCAUCCUCCUCCUCGUUCACAACGACUAUCACAACUACCUCGGCCUCGGCCCAGGCGGUACCCCCUCCACCUUCCUGGGCUACGUCCGCAUCGCCUGGUUCCGCCUCUGGGCCCUCCGGGACCCUUUCACGGCGCCCGACCCGGACCCGAACCGCCUCCCGAAGCGGGGAAUCCUCCGCCAAGACGAUGAUCCGCACCACUGGCCUCUGCCCUACCGCCCCGGUCCGCGGCCCAUGGUCGCCGGCAUUGCGCCGCAGAGGCAGCUAGAUCAGCACGGGACGGUGCCGCACUACCACGCCCUGCGACGGACGCUGGAGGGGCUCGCAGCAAGGAACCCGGCGCGGUUCGGCACAGCGCGCUCGUGUCUCGAGAAGCACGGGCUAGGGCUAUUCGCGCGACAUCCGGUGAACGUGACGUGCAACGGUGAGGUGUGCCAUGUCCACGACUCGGACCACUCGCUUCACAUGAACCUGCACCCGGAGGACAUCCGUGAGGUCCUGGCCAAAGGGUGGGGACAGAGGCACCCCUUGGCGUGGAAGGGGAGUUUGGUGAGGAUGCCUGUGCCGGAGGAGUUUGUCAUGGUCUACGCCCCGCGAGAUGACCACGAACUGAGCAUCGUAUGCAGAAUCAUUGAAGCGGCAAUCUGGUACGUCAUUUCCGAAAAGACGGAGAUUCGCGUCGAGAGGGCCACCUGAGCCCUCGAGUGCUCUAGUGACCGCUUUCGUCUAGACGAGCUUAUAAGCACAUAGAGAUUCUCAUCUUAUCACACGAGGGGGACUACAUUAGGUACCACAGCAAAUUGUAAGGAGGUGGGAAUAAAAAACUGGUUGGAGUUGUGGAGU